AUGGCUUCGACGCAAGCAAAGCUUUUCUGCGAGGGGUGGGCACGAGGGCUUCUCACAAGCUGGUGUGUGCUCACAAUCUCCUGUCGCUCUGGGAGCGUGCUGUUGCGGAGGGUCAGAGCCAUGUCUCUCGUUAUCUCGCCCGAGUUCCAGCACAUCCUUCGUAUCCUCAACACCAACAUCGAUGGCCGCCGCAAGGUGCAGUACUCGCUGACCUCCAUCAGGGGAGUGGGUCGCCGGUUUGCCAACCUUAUCUGCAAGAAGGCUGAGGUUGACCCUAACAAGAGGGCCGGAGAGAUGACCGCUGACGAGAUCGAGAAGCUCGUGGCGAUCAUCCAGAACCCUCGCCAGUUCAAGAUCCCCGACUGGUUCCUCAACAGGCAAAAGGACUGGAAGACUGGCAAGACCACCCAGAUCUCGUCCCAGACCAUCGACCAGAAGCUCCGAGAUGACCUUGAGCGGCUGAAGAAGAUCCGCUCCCACCGUGGUAUCCGCCACUACUGGGGCGUGCGCGUGCGUGGCCAGCACACCAAGACCACCGGACGCCGCGGAAAGAUCGUGGCGGCAGGUGGCCGGAAGUAAACGACGAGAGAGAGCGAUUUCUGGAGAGGAUUUUGACGGGUGUCCGCACCAUGGGAUGGUCGCUGAGCCUCUCCUCUGGUCCUUUUGCUUCUACGGUAGAUGGCUUCAUUUCAUCGAGAUGAACCCCCUCUUCCUUUUGUUCGUGCUUUGAGUCUUGUGGCCGCCACGCGGUGGCGGGGCUAGAGUUUCAGCAACAGCGGGGGGGGGGGGGGGGCGGCACGGUUA